AUGUCAGCGGCGCCCAUACCCGAUGGGAGGCUGACAAUCCAAAAGCACCGGCGGUUUUUACAGCGGCACCUCGCUAUUCUCCCUUCAAAAUAUCAAGAAUAUGAGGCAAAUAAGCUUGCCAUUGUCACCUACGCCUUGAUCGGAUUGAGUUGCAUCGGUGACCCUGUGUCAGAAGAAUACGCUGCUAGCAAAGAGUGGCUCAGAAGACAUUACAGGGUCAUUGGGCGAGGCGAGACCUCACUUGCUGGCUUUUUCCCAAGCCUUUACAUGGAAGUUGAGAAUGCGCUCACUCUCAGCUUGACUAGCACUCUAUUCGGGCUCAUUAGCCUGCUUUGCCUAAACGACCACAAAUUUUUUAUUAGCGAUGUUGACCGCGAAGGAAUCUGUAGGUUUGUUUCAAAAUGUCAUAAGCCUGAAACUGGCGGAUUUGCUGCAAGCCUCGAUGUUGUUGCGGAAGAUAGCCUCGAGCCAUCCAAAACUGACCCAGAUGACUUGAGACACACAUACAUGGCCAUUGCAAUACUCUAUUUAAUGGGCUGCAGAAACGCAUCCGAGUUUGGGCGCUAUGUCUGCCUUGAACCACUUUUCAGUCAUUUCGAACAAAAGGCAUGUGUUAGCGGCGGCUUCGGUCAGUAUGGUGAGCCACAUGCAGGAUAUACGUCAUGUGCGCUCUCUAUCCUCGAGUUAAUAUCAGAUCGGUGGGACAUAUUUCCGAAUUCUUUCUAUGACAAGACCAUAGAAUGGCUGCUACAGCGACAAGUUUCAGAUAAAUGCCCAGAAAUGAGUGGAAACGAAUACUUUGAUCCAGAGGAUGAUGGUGGGUUCCAAGGAAGGGAGAACAAGUUUGCUGACUCCUGCUAUGGAUUCUGGUGUGCUAAUUCACUGAGCAUCUUAAAAGCCCCACAUAAGGUAGGUGAUGCGUAUCAAAAUGGUCUCAGUGAGUAUCUGCUCAACAAAACCCAGAACCUGCUGUUGGGUGGGUUCGCGAAAAACGACAAUGAAGACCCCGAUUUGUACCAUACCUGUCUUACUUUAGCCGCGCUGUCCAUGAUGUCUGGCGAGUUCGACGGAACCUUGUUUUUGCCCCGCAAAGUUGCAGAUACGGCCAGGAGCCAGUUUAUUGCACCCUGA